GAUUUCCGUAAUAUUACCCAACUGAGAGGAAAAGAGAAGUACCAUCUCAGACAAACUGAGGGCUGUCAUGAGAAUCAUUUGAGAUCAUCUAUGUGAAAGUACUUGACAAAAGGCACUUUAAAAUUAUUUUUUAAAGUAUUUAAGAAUGACUCAAAAUAUAAUGUCAUCUGUGCACGUUUGUUCCUUCAUUAAAUGAACUGAGCAAGAGUUGAAAGAUAUGCCAGACAAGCACUUGUUAUGCAAGUCACCAUAGUUUGCAUAUAAUUCAAAAUUUGUAGGUCCUCGCAUGGGGGCUCCCUGCUGCCAAUGAAAGCGCAGGAAUUCCACCUCAAGCUUUUGUGCUAAAAAGCUCUUUUUAGUUACUUCUUUGAAUUCUAUUCCAGAACACUGAGGUUUCUCUAGGUCUGACCAUUAAUCAGUAGGGCAUUGGUGCACCCUUUUCCAGUACUUCUAUCUGCUUUUUAAUAAGCUGUCUUGGUGAGAUAUACUGCAGCAAAACCGGUGCCCCAACAAGGGCUUUGAGAAGUGCCUCAGAGAUCUCUGUCCUUUUGGAAAUCUCGUCCCACCUGUCUUUCAACUAAAGAUGGACCUAAAACUAAAAAAUCCUGACUUUUGGUACAGUCUCCAUGGCCAAGUCCCAGGGCUGCUGGACUGGGACAUGGGAAAUGAGUUCUUCCUGCCAUGCACCACAGACCAAUGCCCCUUAGCUGAGCAGAAUCUUGCCAAAUACAGACUGCGAGUAAUGGAGUCCCCAAAGGUACCUCAAGAGAAAAGACCCAGUCCUGGCAAAGAUGGUCCUAACUCUGAACCCAACCUGUGGAUGUGGGUGAAUCCCAACAUUGUGUGCCCCUUUGGCAGCCAGGAAGCCUCAAAGCCCAGUAAAAGAAAGAAUGUGGCAAGCAUAUUUCCUUCCCCUCAGCUCCUCCCAAAGGAUGAAGAGUCUAACUGCUCAGAGGCCAUAGUGAUGGAGUCCCUGCCAUCUUCCUCCGGCAAGCAAUCUCCCCCACAAAAGCGGCUCACCUCUUCCCCCAGUGACUGGGAGCUCACAGAAGAGGAGACUGGGGAACAAGAUAACAACUCUUCUGUGGCCCUCAAAUCUCCAAACAAAGAAUGCUUCCAUAGCCAGAAGCUAUGGCAAGGCGACAGCCAAGAGAGGAAAUCUUGGCCCCGCCCCCCCCUCAAUUACAGUCACCUAAUUGCCCUGGCACUAAGAAACAGCCCUCCCUGUGGCCUCAAUGUGCAAGAGAUCUACAGUUUCACACAACAGCAUUUCCCUUUUUUCUGGACAGCUCCUGAUGGCUGGAAGAACACCAUCCGACACAACCUCUGCUUCCUGGGCAGCUUUGAGAAGGUGCCAGUCAGCCUUCCAGAUGGGGCCAAUGCAAAGCCAAGGUCUGGCCUCUGGAGGCUUACUGAGGAGGGACACCGCCGCUUUCAAGAGGAGACUCGUGCCUUAGCCUCCGCUCGUAGGGAGAGCAUCCAACAGUGCAUGAGCCAGCCAGAUGUGAUGACCUCCCUUUUUGGCCUUUGAACUACCACUACUCCCUUUCUGGAACACUGUCCUCCUUACUGUGCCUACCCAUGCCCUCAUUGGCCAUCAUUAAUUCAUAAGCCUACACCACCUGGCAGGUGCCAAACCUGUAUUUAACGACUGCUAUGAGAAUGGUAUUAAAUAAAAUGAGAGGUGGAUACAGAGGAGAUAGCACUUAAAUCCAGGUGCAAAAGCAUGGAAAGUUGCAAAAGGAUGGUGGCAAUUGUUCUGCAAUUUGAGCACAGGUAGGAAAUCCUGGAAAUAAUAGCAUGGAAGUGAAGGAGAGAAGGGCAUAUUUAAUGAGAAAAGGAAGUCUGUUUAUUGGAGAGUAUGCUCACACAUAAAAGCAAAUGGUGGACUUUAAAGCAUAAAAUACAGGAUAGAGCCAGGUUUUGGAGAGCUUCAAAUGCCAUGUGAAGAUGUAUAUGUAUAAAGAGAACUGGGAUUGAUGUUCAAAGCCUGAAGAUUCAAAUGUCCCCCUUCUACCAUUCAUCAGUUUUGUAUCCUUUUUCAGUGACCAUUUUACACUUCAGGGCCUCACUUUUCUCUUUUUGAUCCUGGACUUCUCAGCCUUAUUCUGCUUCCAUCUACUUCCAGUACUGAAAAUAAUUCCAAGCAGCUACUUUUAGUUUGGAUGUUGAAAGCCUUUGAAUUGAGCCUAUAUUAAGUCUAAGGCUUUUGAUUACAAAACUUUGCUUUCCAUUCUUUCAUUUAUCAAACUUUUAUUGUGGAAAUACUAAUGUGUCAAGGUCCAUCUUAAUUUCUGAGGAUAAAAUGGUGACAGUUUAGUGGGAGACAAACAUAUAAACAGAUAUUUGUAAUACAAAUGUGGUGAAACAGAUGUGCAAAGGUUGCUGUGGAAAUGGGGAGAUAUUUUUUCCUAGGAAUGGCAUUUUAAAGGAAAUGUCUUUUGAGCUAGUUUUGAUGAAUAAAUAGGGAUUUGAUGAGCCUAUAAACUGGAGAAAAGACAUUAUAACAGCAACAGUGUAAACAAAGAAAAUGCAGUUUUGGGGGGAUGGCAGGAAGUUCUUUGUGGUUUAGUUAUAUUAGGGACAGGAGUUGCAAGAAUGAUAGGCAAGAGGCCUUUCCUGUACUUCUUAAGUGUUUGAUUUGUGUGGGCUACUAGGAACUGGGAGAUAUCGGUAUUUACUAAAAAUGAAAACAAACAGUAAUAAACAUUUCAGUAUUUGGUUUUCUAAUUUCAAAAUUCUUUUUUACAUCUUUUCCAUACAAAUAAAGUUUCAUUUAUCAGAUAUAAGCAUUGUUUUCUGCCUUUUAUAUUAGCGUAUUGUUAAAGAGAUAUCCAGGAGAAAAUAGAUUUUUAAAUGCAUUUAGUUGCAAAGUCUUCAAUAAUGGGAAUUUUAAAACACCUGUAAAAUACAAAAGCAAUUCAAUAUAGUUGUAAAUCAAUUGAAAAGUUUACAUUUUUUUCAUAGUAGUCUAUUAUAGCUUAUAUAAAACAGUAUUAAAUUAAGGUUGAGUUGCAAAAUCAACAUUCAAACAAUAUUCCUUGAGAAAAUAAUUGUAGAUGCUACUUCUGUAUCAUAAGGCCAACAAAGUUAAUAGAAUACCUUGGAAUUAAUAAACUUUUCUGUUUAUAAGUAUUCAACAUUUGCUUCUCAUUUUUUCAAAAUUAACACAAAUAAAAGAGCCUGUUGUAAAAUUAAGACUA